AUGGUGGAGGAUGGUGAUGUUCAACUCCUCAAAAUUGGAACUGUAGAUAAUCCUGCUAAUAUGUUGACAAAGUCGGUUCCAUUGUGCAAGUUCAAGCAUUGCUUGAACUUGAUUGCAAUCAAGGAAUUCAAGCUUCUUCCCAAGUCUGUUCUCAUCCUCCCCAAUAGGGACUAUUUGUAUCUUGCCUUUGAAUUAGAAAACUACACUGAAUUAUUGGGAUUUGGCUAUGACCCCAAAGGCAAAGAUUACAAGGUUGUUAGAUUGCUAGUGUAUUGUUUGUUUUCUUAUUGGUUUAAAACAGAGGUAUGUGGGUUUGACAGGGGCCACAAUCUCGUCCACAAGUUCAUCCUUUCAUUUGAUAUGGCUGAUGAACUUUUUUAUGAGAUAUCGCUUCCCUGGCAAUAUACAGAAACAUAUGGAGGGACUCAAGGGAGGCUUGCAGUGUGGAAAGGCUCUAUUGCUCUUGUUUCCUUUGAACAUGAAAUUGUGGGUCCUCAAUCCUUCGACAUAUGGGUUAUGAUGAAUAACUCCUGUGGUGUGAAGAGUCCGUGGACAAAAUAUUUGACCAUAGGACCUAUGGAAGGCAUUAACAUUCCAGUGGUUUAUCCAUUGGUAUUUUGGAAAAAUGACGAGCUUGUUAUGGUUGCUGUGGAUGGACGCGUAGUCAGGGGCGGCCCUGAGGGUGUGCACAUAGUGCCGUCGCACAAGGCCUUUGGAAAUGGGCGGCCUCCGGCUUCGAAUUUUCCAGACACUCAAGCGGUUGUUUAUAUGAGUAGUAUUGUUUCCGUUAAGGGAGGUGACAAACUUGAAGGCAUAGAUAAUACUGCUUUUUAUGGCAUCAUGACACUUCCAAAUGGCAGGUUGACGAGUGCUGGACCACAAAAAUACUCCUACUACUAG